GGGAGUUGGACUCUGUGUACAUUGUGCACACUGCGGGACCAACACACAUACUCUGUACAGCUAAAGUAAAGCUGUAGGUUUCGAAUGUGCAUGAAGCCACAGUCAGGAACCAGGUAUCAAGGUACCAGGACGUUUUUGACUGGAUGCAUAGCAUUUGUCUACGCAAGGCAUUACAAACCAUCAGGAAUCCAGCUGCCACCUUAUUGAGAGAACAUAUUAUCUGGCGUUUUGGCAGCGUCCGGUACUUCCCUCAGUGCCCUCUUCCACUGACUCAUCACUGGGGCUGUCGUCCCAGUCAUUCCCACUGCUUCGAUCCCAUCCCGCCGUCUCGGAAGUUUGGCUCGUCCGCAAGGUUUUGCAUUCACCUUUCGUGGCCCCAGAGACUCUCCGAGAGGCCAGACAUGGCGGAGCAGAGGUUCUGUGUGGAGUAUGCCAAACGUGGCACUGCCGGCUGCAAGAAGUGCAAGGACAAGAUCAUGAAGGGGCUGGUGCGCAUCGGCAAGAUCGUGCCCAACCCCUUCAGCGAGUCUGCUGGCGAGAUGAAAGAGUGGUACCACGUCAAGUGCAUCUUCGAGAAGCUAGAGCGAGCGAGGGCCACCACCAAAAAAAUCGAAGACAUCACUGACCUGGAAGGGUGGGAAGAGCUUCAGGAUGAAGACAAAGAUCUUAUCAAUAAACUGGUUUCAGACCUUGCUGCCAAAACCAAUGCGAGCCCAAAGAAGAAAGUGCAAGCGAAGCUGAACACCAGUGGGCAGCUCUCCGGCCCGCCUGCUGACCCGGCCCUCAAUGCGCCUCGGAAGUUCUCAGGCUUCACCGCUACCAAGGCUGGUACUUCUGCCAGUCCGGGGCCAUCUCCAAUGAAACCAAGCCAAGGCAGUGCCCUCUCCACUCAGCUGUGCGACCCCAACCAUAAGGACUGUCUGCUGCGGGAGUUCCGCAAGCUGUGCGCCAUGGUGGCAGAGCACUCCAGCUACAACGCCAAGACUCAGAUCAUACAGACCUUCCUGAAGAAAGGCAGUGGUGGAGAUAAGUUUAAAGGAGACUUGUUCCUCACUGUGAAGCUGCUUCUUCCGGGAGUGGUCAAGAACGUUUACAAUCUAAAUGACAAGCAGAUUGUGAAGUUGUUCAGCCGUAUACUGAACUGCAACCAGGAUGAGAUGGUCCGUGACUUGGAACAGGGGGACGUGUCGGAAACCGUGCGGAUGUUUUUUGAGGACAGUAAGUCCUUCCCGCCUUCAAACAAGAGUCUUCUCACCCUUCAAGAGGUCGACGCCUCACUGACCCGACUGGCUCAACUGACCAAGGAAGAUGACCAGCAGAACGAGCUGCAGGACAUAGCCAAAAAAUGCACGGGAAACGAUCUCAAGUGCAUCAUCAGGCUUGUGAAGCAUGAUUUGAAAAUCAACUCAGGAGCAAAGCACGUGCUGGAUGCUGUGGACCCCAAUGCCUACGACGCCUUCAAAGCCUCGCGUAACCUGGGUGAUGUCAUAGAGCGAGUGCUGCGGAACCAGCAGGAUGCGUCCAAUGGCACGGGGCCCCGCAAGAGCCUGAGUGUGGAGGCCACCCUCAUGACCCCCGUGCAGCCCAUGCUGGCAGAGGCCUGUAAAUCUGUGUCAAUGGCCAUGAAGAAAUGCCCCAACGGGAUGUACUCCGAGAUCAAAUAUGAUGGUGAGCGUGUGCAGGUCCACAAAAAUGGAGAUCACUUCAGCUAUUUCAGCCGCAGUCUCAAACCGGUGCUCCCACACAAGGUGGCACAUUUCAAAGAGUUCAUCCCUCAAGCUUUUGUUGGGGGGGACAGUAUGAUUUUGGAUGCGGAGGUUCUUCUCAUCGAUACCAACACUAGUAAACCCCUGCCCUUUGGAACACUGGGAGUGCACAAGAAAGCUGCCUUCCAAGAUGCUAAGGUGUGCCUGUUUGUCUUCGACUGUAUCUACUUUAAUGGUGUGAGCCUGAUGGAUAAGCCUCUGUGUGAACGAAGAAAGUUUCUCCAUGACAACAUGGUUGAGGUUCCAAACAGGAUACUGUUUUCAGAAAUGAAACAUGUCACUAGAGCUUCAGAUCUGGCGGAGAUGAUCACCCGUGUCAUCAGAGAGGGACUGGAGGGCCUGGUGCUAAAGGACCUCAAGGGUGCCUAUGAGCCUGGGAAACGCCACUGGUUGAAGGUGAAGAAGGAUUACCUGAACGAGGGUGCCAUGGCAGACACAGCUGACCUGGUCGUGUUGGGAGCCUUCUAUGGAAAAGGCUCAAACGGUGGAAUAAUGUCCAGUUUCUUGAUGGGCUGCUAUGACCCUGCAUCAAAGAAGUGGUGCACGGUGACCAAGUGCUCUGGAGGCUAUGACGACGCCACUCUGGCCAGACUUCAGAAGGAGCUGGAUGUGAUUAAGAUCAGCAAGGAUCCAAGCAAAAUCCCUGGCUGGUUGAAAAUCGUUAAGAACUAUUACCCAGAUUUCAUUACCCGGGACCCAGAGCAAGCACCGGUGUGGGAAAUCACUGGAGCUGAGUUUUCCAAGUCGGAGAUGCACACGGCCGACGGAAUCUCCAUCCGCUUCCCGCGCUGCACGCGUAUCCGCGACGAUAAGGACUGGAAGACCGCCACCAACCUUCCUCAGCUGAAGGAACUCUAUCGCAUAUCGAAGGAGCGCUGCGACUUUGAGGUGACGGCGGGUGACGCCAAAGAUAAGGACGACGGAAGCUCCUCUGGCGGGGCCAGUGGUGGCAGCUCUCCGCCCUCCACAUCGCACGCUAAACCCACCCCCAGUAAAGCCCGUGCCAGUGCUGCUCCUCGGGCGAAGCAGGUGAAAUCAGAACCCCCAUCCACUCCGUCUUCACAAUUCUCUCCAGGUGCCAGUGCUGCUCCUCGGGCGAAGCAGGUGAAAUCAGAACCCCCACCCACUCCGUCCCCAGCCAAGAGGAAGAUGCCCGCAGUGGACCACAGCAACGGCAGCAAGAAGAUAAAGACUGAAGUUGUCCAUAGCAACGGGCAAAGCAAAGGGAAGAGCAGCUCCACCAAGGUGAUUGAAGCAGGUCCUGAGAAGACGCUUUUGGACAUUUUCAGUGGCGUGAAGCUCUACCUGCCAAAGGAUAUCCAGGAUUACGACAAACUCCAGCGUUACUUUGUGGCCUACGAUGGAGACUUGGUGCCAGAGUACGACGCUGCCACAGCCACCCACACACUAACCGACCCCGAUGACGACAGUCAGGCUCAGAAGGUCACCUCCGACUGGAUCUGGGCAUGCAUCCGCAAGAGGAGAGUGGUUCCCCCUUGCUGAUUGGUUGGUCGGACCAAUGGAGACAUGAACUGCUUUUCGGAUGAAUAAAAGUGCCCUUCAAUAGUAGUGGUUGCUUCAAGAAACUACUUCCAUCAUAUGAACAAUACUAUCUCUACCAGUACAUCCUGGAUUGUUUUUCAUGAUCAUGUACAAAACUUUUGUCAGUAUUGUAAGCUGCCCCGGUUGGUGGAAUUUUUUUUAAAACACAUAAAAAUGCCUGUUAUUUGGGAUUUGAUACCAUGAAGACAUAAGGAGCAGAGUAGUCUAUCCUUCAAUCUUUAUAUAUUUAUUUUGUUUUUAGGGAUCAGGUGUGCGAUUUUUGCUGUAUUAGCUACAGCAAGAGUAUCAUAAGUAGAUUAUUUUCUGGCAGUAGUUGGUAGUUUUGAGGUAUUACGGUUACAAAAAGAGAUUGUACACUCCUUUAGAAGAUUAAGUGAUAGUAAUUGGGUAGUUUGUCAUGUGUAGUAGUUUUUCUUUGUUAUUCUGUAUGGGUCAAAUUAUAUGAAGAAUGGUAAAUGAAUGAAUGGCAAAUGAUGAAAUAAACCAUUUUGCAAAUGGCUUUGAUCCUG